UGCUGCUCUGAUCCCGGGAGCGCUUCUUAUGGGAGCUCCUCUGACCAGCGUGCGCACUGUCCGUCUUCAGAGUCCUUCCCAGCGCUGCAAGUGGAAGAGGAGAGUGAGGGAGGAAGAGGGGAGAAGCCACCCUCGCGCCCUACACAGGAGAGAGGAGACAGGAAGGGAAUGAGAAAGAAAACUGAAGAACAAAGGGUGAAAGAGAGAAAAGAGAAGAUGAAUGCAGGAGAGGAAAACUGAAAAAAAGAAGAUGGAGUAGAAAAAGAGAAAGCUGGGCAGCACGGGGACAAGAGCAAAUGAGUGAGCGAAUAGGAAACAGAGAGAGAGAGUGAGCGAGAGCACGGGAGAGGGAGGGAGGGAGCGAGCGAGCGAACAACGCUGCAGACACUCGCCCACUGUCACUGCUCCACAGCCAGAGGACAGAGGCAGCAACGGCAGCGGUGGAAGUGGAUGGGAUGGAGGAGGAGGACCGUAUCAUCCAUCUGCAGCUCAGCCGCCGUCACUGACAGCCUCCCUGUGGGACCAUCCUGCCACGAGGAGAGCCAAAGCGCUGAGAAAGAAAGAGCACUGCUCCGUCCGUCCUUCACAAGUAGCGGACCUCAACUCCUGCAGGACUGAAAACACACCACACGCCUCACGUUCCUCUGCUCUUUUGCACUCGCACUCGCACGCGGACUCACGCCCUCACUCUCAACCUGAAGCACACUUCACUUCCCGCUGCCCCUUGGACUAGUGUGUCUUUUUGUUCUUCUUCUUUGGAUCUCCCGAGCUGAGUGGAUUUACUUGUAUCCUGUGGCGGACCAUGGGUCUGGGGUGGAGGGGUGCAGCAGGGACCCUCCAGAAAAGGACAGAGGGGAGCUGGAACCUUUUGGUGACAUUGCUGCUGUUGUGUGGUUUCUGGGAGGCUCACACACAGACAGAUGAUGGGAAGUCUGUCUACUUCUGGGAAACAGGUCCAUGGGGGAGGUGCAUGGGCAGCGACUGUGGCCCAGGUGGCAGCCAAAGCCGGGCAGUGUGGUGCGCCCAUGUGGACGGCUGGACGACACUCCACACCAACUGUGACCAGGCUCAGCGUCCGUCCAACCAGAGAAACUGUUUCCGCGUGUGCGACUGGCACAAGGACCUUUACGACUGGAAACUAGGUGCCUGGAAUGAGUGCGUGCCCGUGCUGGCGAGGACCUUCGGGGCCCCGCGGGCCUUCACGUGUAGCGGGGGCGAAGAGGGCAUUCAGACCCGGGAGGUGGGCUGCAUACUCAAGUCAGAUGGGUCUCCAGCAGAGGAUGCCAUAUGUGAGUACUUUGAGCCCAAACCUCGCCUGGAGCAGGCGUGUUUGAUCCCCUGCCCCCAGGACUGCGUGGUUUCCGAGUACUCGCCAUGGACGUCCUGCUCCAAAACCUGCGGAACUGGCCUCAGGAACCGGGUGCGCAGCGUCCUGGUUCCACCCCUUUUUGGAGGCGCCGUCUGCCCCAACCUUACCGAGUUCCAGUCGUGUAAACCCGGACCGUGCACGGGUCCAGAGGGCAUGUACAGCCUCAGAGUGGGACCGUGGGGCCCUUGCACCCUCUCGGCGACUCGGACAACGCGCCAGGUUAAGCGCAGGAAAGGCAAAGGCCCGGGGCUCAGGGAGAAAACGGGAGCCAAGGAUCCAGAGACCAGGGAGCUCAUCCAGAAGAAGAGGAACAGGAACCGCCUUAACCGGCAGGAGAGUCCGUUCUGGGACAUCCAGGUCGGGUACCAGACUCGGGAGGUGACCUGCAUACACAGGAAUGGGAGCACAGUGGGACGCAACCUGUGCAUCCCGAGGGACCUCCCACCGACCGUCCAGUCCUGUCUACUUCCCAAGGACUGCCAGGUGACCGAGUGGGCCGAGUGGGGCCCAUGCUCCAAAUCCUGCCUGGACCCUGAAUUUCCCAGAGGAAAUCGCACCCGCAUCAGACAGGUGCUCCAGUUCCCCGUGGGCGAAGGGCAGGAGUGUCCACCGCUGGUGGAGGCAGAGUCCUGUGAACCCCAAGGCAACGGCGUGCCGCCCUGCGCUACCUUCACCUGGAGAACCACGGAGUGGAGCGACUGCCGGGUGGACCUGCUGCUGAGCCAGCAGGACCGUCGGCGUAGCAACCUCACGGGGCUGUGUGGAGGAGGCCUGCAGACCAGAGAGGUUUACUGUGUCCAGGCCAAUGCUGAGGUUCUGAAGUAUCUCAGUGACCUCCGAGAAAAAGACAAAGCUUCCCGUCCGGUGGAGAACAGGCUGUGCAAAGGUCCGGUGCCCAACCGGUCCCAGCUGUGCCACCUCCCCUGUCCCAUCGACUGCGAGGUGUCGGCGUGGGGCGCCUGGGGGCCCUGCACCUUCGAAAACUGCGACGACCAGGCUGGAAAGAAAGGUUUCAAAGUGAGGAAGCGCCAGAUCAGCAACGAGCCGACGGGAGGACCCGGAAACUGCCCGCACCUGGUAGAGGCGGUGCCGUGCGACGAGCCCACUUGCUACGACUGGGAGCUGCUCAGCCUGGAUCAGUGCCUCCCCGAUGACGAGAGGCAGUGCGGGUCGGGCACGCAGCUGCCACAGGUCCGCUGUGUCAGCAGCAACGGGGAGGAGGUGGACGUCAAUCUCUGCUCGUCCGCCCCUCCGGAGCCCGUGGCCUGCGAGGUGCCUUGCUCGAGGGACUGCGUGCUCAGCGACUGGACCCCCUGGUCUACGUGUUCCCAGACGUGCUCCAGUAAAACCAUCGAGGGCAAGCAGAUGAGAACCCGCUCUAUUCUGGCCUACAACGCCGGGGAAGGUGGAUCCAUGUGCCCAAACAGCAGCGCGCUGCAGGAGGUGCGUAACUGCAACGAGCACGCCUGCACCGUCUACCACUGGCAGACCGGCCCCUGGGGUCCGUGCACGGAGGACCCCUCCUCCUCCUCGCUCAACGCGUCCACCAGCGCCCGGGCCGGCAGCAUCCAGGGCCCCUGCUCCACGGGGAUGCAGACCCGCAAAGUCAUCUGCGUCCGGGUCAACGUGGGACAGGUGCCUCCCAAGAAGUGUCCAGACGGCCCGCGUCCCAGCACCAUGCGACCGUGUCAGCUGCCCUGCAAGAAGGACUGCAUCGUGACCCCGUUCAGCGACUGGACUCCGUGUCCCGUUACUUGUGACACAGCCGGAAAUGCUGCAAAGAAAAAGCAAUCAAGGAAACGCCUCAUCAUCCAGCUGCCGUCCAACGGAGGACAGGACUGUCCCGACGUGCUGGAGGAGGACAGAGACUGUGAGCUCCCAAAAGUCUGCCCAGGUUUCAGGUGGAAGACCCACAAAUGGAGGAAAUGCCAGCUGGUGCCGUGGUUUCUCAGACAGGACAGCCCUGGUGCUCAGGAGACCUGUGGUCCUGGUCUUCAAACAAGAGCUGUGUCCUGUCGCCAGCUGGACGGGACGCAGGCCGACAUCACCGAGUGUCUGAAAUCCGCCAAGGCCAUGCCUCCUAUCACUCAGCACUGUCAGCUCCCCUGCCAGGACGACUGCCAGCUGACCAACUGGUCCAAGUUCUCGUCCUGCACAGCUGACUGUGUGGGGGUCCGAACGAGAAAGAGGGCAUUGAUUGGGAGGAGCAAGAAGAAAGACAAGUGCAAGAACACUCAAAUGUACCCUCUGAGCGAGACCCAGUACUGCCCCUGCGACAAGUACAACGCCCAGCCGGUGGGAAACUGGUCCGACUGCAUCCUGCCCGAAGCGGGCCGGGCGGAGAGCAGUCUGGGCAUGAAGGUCCAAGGGGACAUCAAGGAGUGUGGCCAGGGCUACCGCUACCAGGCCAUGGUGUGCUACGACCAGGACAACAGGCUGGUGGAGACCUCGCGCUGCAACAGUCACGGCUACAUCGAGGAGGCCUGUAUCAUCCCCUGUCCCUCCGACUGCAAACUCAGCGAAUGGUCCAACUGGUCGCGCUGCAGCAAGUCCUGCGGCAGUGGGGUCAAAGUUCGCUCCAAAUGGCUUCGAGAGAAGCCUUACAACGGUGGGCGGCCAUGUCCCAAGCUGGAUCACAUCAACCAGGCCCAGGUGUACGAGGUGGUGCCGUGUCAGAGCGACUGUAACCAGUACGUGUGGGUGGCCGAGCCAUGGAGCGUGUGGAAGGUCAGCAACGUGGACCUGAAGGAGAACUGCGGUGAAGGUGUCCAGACCAGAAAAGUCAGGUGCAUGCUGAACACCAUAGACGGCCCGUCGGAGCCCGUGGAGGACUACCUGUGUGACCCAGAGGAGAUGCCGCUGGGGGCCAGAGAGAGCCGGCUGCCCUGCCCAGAGGACUGCGUCCUCAAUGACUGGGGCCCCUGGAGCCGCUGCAGCCUGCCCUGCACCAGGAGCAACAGCCGAGUGCGGACUGCGUACGCGCUGCGCUCGCCCAGCGUGGGGAGGGAGUGUCCGGACACGGCCAACAGGGAGCCCUGCAGCCUCAACCUCAACUGCUUCAACUACUUCUACAACAUCACAGACUGGAGUACGUGUCAACUGAGUCCUAACGCCGUGUGCGGCAGCGGCAUCAAGACCCGGAUGCUCGACUGUGUUCGCAGUGAUGGCAAAUCAGUCGACAUAAAAUUCUGCGAAGAGUUGAACUUGGAGAAGAAGUGGCAGAUGAACAUCUCCUGCGUGGUGGAGUGUCCCGUCAACUGUCAGCUGUCGGAGUGGUCGACCUGGUCAGAGUGUUCACAGACCUGCGGACUAGAAGGGAAGAUGUGGCGGCGGCGGGCGGUGGUCCAGGCCUCUCAGGGAGACGGGCGGCCGUGUCCCACGCAGAUGGAGCAGUGGAAGCCCUGUCCCGUGCGCCCCUGCUACCGCUGGCAGUACAGCUCCUGGUCUGAGUGUCGGGUGGAGAGUGUGGUGUGUGGACACGGGACGCGCUACAGGAACCUGUCCUGCUUCGUGUCGGACGGCUCUGGCGACGGCGACGGCAGCUUGGUGGAUGAGGAGCUGUGCAGCGGCCUGGAGCUGGCUGUGGAUGGAGACAAGCAGAUCAGGCUGAAGGAGGCCUGCGUUCUUCCCUGUCCAGGCGAGUGCUAUCUGAUGGAGUGGUCCGACUGGAGCUCCUGUGUGAGCAUGUGUGUGAGAGGGGCCGGAGUGGACUUCAGCUCGGUCCAGGUUCGCUCGCGAGCUGUGUUAGCCCAGGAGCCCGAGAACCUGCAGCUCUGUCCGGACCAGGCGUGGGAGUCUCAGCCCUGCACCGACGGAGAAUGUUACGAAUACAAAUGGUUCAGCAGCCUCCGUCCAAACUCCACCCGGCCACAGAUCUGGUGUCAGCGCUCGGAUGGACUCAACGUCACCGGAGGUUGUCCUUCUCUGAACCCUCCGACAGACAACAGCUCCUGUGACUCUCCCUGUCUCAUGCCCAAGUCUUUCUGCAGUGAGGCCGGAGUGUGCAUGUGUGAGGAGGGAUUCACGGAGGUGCUGUCCCCAACCGGGCAGCUGGACCAGUGCGCCCCCAUCCCCAUCCUGGAGAUCCCCACGGUGGGGGACAAGAAGGGGGACGUCAAGACCAGCCGUGCCAUCAACCCCACGCAGCCCACCACCAUCCAGCCGGGGCGCAGCGGCCGCACCUGGUACCUGCAGCCUUACGGCCCAGAUGGGAAGCUGAAGAUGUGGGUGUAUGGUGUAGCAGCUGGAGCCUUUGUGCUCCUCAUAUUCAUAGUGUCUAUGAUAUACCUAGCUUGCAAAAAGCCAAAGAGACCUCAGAGACAGAGGCAGCAAAACAACCGACUAAAACCUCUGACUCUCGCCUACGACGGAGACACGGACAUGUAGUCCUCCAGGAGAGCCCACCUGUCAAAAAGACCUACUUCAAUCAUUCAGCCAUUACAGGGAGGGACAUGGAUGUUUGCAGUGUGAACACACACAUCCUCUUAGCAGAAACACUGGUGGGGUUUGUCCAUUUCUAGACCUCCAUAUUUUCCUUGUUUUUUUUCUGUUUGUUUCUUUUGCCUUCGUGACCUCCACCGUAUUUGAUGAAAUGCCUUUUUCAUCCUGUACAUGUCCACAUUCUGUAAAGAAAAGACAUUUAUCAGACGCAGGAGUGGCUGGGUGUAGAGGACAGACCCAGCUCCUUCCUGCCUCUGUGAACAUGGCAGCGCGAGCUCUGACUCUUCCUUCGCGCUUUGCUGCUUGUCCCUAAAAUGCUGAGUAGCUGGAGGCUUAGGAUGCUCUGACGGUUCGAACGUUGCCAAAAAUCACCGCAGGGAGGAGGGGGAGGAGGAGGAGGAGGAGGAGAGGAAAAUCUCCAUAAAAAGGUUUGGAUUCCUUUUCCUCAAUCCUCAACUGGGUUUGACUCAAAUCUCUUUUACAGUCUUGAAACAAAAGGAGCCGUUCCUUCCCUUCUUUUCUCCAUUGAUUCAGAGGCGCACAGGCCUGUUUGUGGGAUAAACGACUCCAUACAGGGCUGAUGGAGGAGUAGCCUGCACUCAGCCUUUCAUGGAAACUACUGCCUGCCUCCGCCCUCGCUUCGUUUCAGGCAUUACAUUGCACUAUAUUAGUGCAGCAUGAUAUGCACAUGUGACUUCUACCUUCUAUUGCCAUAAACACUGCCUCUUCCACAGACAUGAGCCAUACAGCAGAACAGCUGAGGCCAACACAUGAACAUACGCAGAGGAAGACGACUGCAACAGGAAAACAUUUCUACAUGUGUCACAUUCUACAAGUAAAUAUAUGUAUAGAUUUGAUUUCUCACAACCGUUAGUUUUUUUGGUUGUAGUCAAGUACCUUUCGUGGUUUGUAGAUUCCGUCUGGUGUUUUAACUUUAUUUCUGCCCAGAUGCAAUUGAAGAUUGAACCAACAGGUGACAUGUUUCAAUCACUCACCUACUAUUAGUUAUGUAAACCACACAAAUUAAGGUUUUUGUACCUACGUUAGCGCAUUGUGGAAAGUUUUUCAUUUUUACAGUGGCUAAAGAAUAAGAAAGAGCAUUAUAAUAAAAAUGAUUAACUUCCUGUAAAUGUCAUUUCUGCCUUACUGACAAUAACUACAGUAAAUACUAACUGUCCUGUAACACAGUUUUACUACUAUAAUGGGACGUUUCACAUACAUGUACACAAAAAUUAGCUUUUCUUUUGAGGUCACUUAGCAAAGACUCAGUUUUUUAAAUAUUUCCAUGUAGUAACGGUCUCAUUGUUGCGCUGUUAUCACCCCACAGGAGGUGAAGUAUAGUAAAUAAAAGAACAGGAAAAAUCUUAACUCAUAUGACAUGUUAAUAAAAGAACAUCCUUCUGCUGAGUUCAAUGGUAACGCAAACUGGUGUGUGGAGAAUGUUUACUUUUUGUUGUGAAAUUUGUAAAUAACAGCAAUUUUUUUUAUUUUGGGGGAAAAAAUAUCAAAGUAUGUGUACAUUUAUUUUGUAUUGCACAGAAACUGUUUAGUAUGAAUAUUGCGAAGUGGGUGUACGAUAUUGCUGAUUGUGAUUAUCAUGAUGCAAGUUGUAUGGUGUGAAAACAAAAGGAAAGAAAAAAGAACCAGAAGAUGACAAAGGUUCAGCUGUUUUGUACAGGAUGUUUAUAUGUGUGGGAAGAAUUACUGAAAAUAAACAGGGACACGGUUGUAAACACA